AUGGCGGCUAUGGAGGCUAUGGCGGCUAUGGAGGUUAUGGCGGCGGCUAUGGCGGCUACGGACACGGUGGCUUCCUCGGCGGCUUCGGCUACGGCCACGGAGGCUACGGUGGCUAUGGACACGGCGUCGCUGUCGCUGCCGCUCCAGUUGUCGCCAAGGUCGCUGCCCCAGUCGUCGCUGUCGGCCACGGCGGCUACGGUGGCUACGGACACGGUGGUUUCCUCGGCGGAUACGGAGGUUUCGGACACGGAGGAUUCGGCGGCUACGGUCUCGGCCACGGUGUCGCUGUCCAUGCUGCCCCAGUCGUCGCCAAGGUUGCUGCUCCAGUCGUCGCUGUCGGCCACGGCGGCUACGGUGGCUUCGGUUACGGAUAUGGCGGACACGGCUAUGGACACUAAGCAAUUCAUCUCAAAGGGAAACGAACACUUCUUCGCCGCUUCUUAUUUAUGCGCUUGGGCCGACCAGAGCGCCGCUGGAAGUUGACUUCCGGCGGGUGGAAAACGCGAAACCGUGU